AAAAUGAAAGCACCCACUCAUAGGUGCCUGUUAUCAAGUUUAAUAGAGAGUAAUGAAAAGACUACACGUUAAGCGAAAACACAUGAAUCUUUUGAGAGAUUAAAGUAUUCUUAACCGUAAACUGCAACUCCUAAGACUUAAAUGACUAACAGGAAAAGCAAAUAGAUGAGUUUAGUUUAAGUUUAGCAACUAAUUUAAUAGCCACUUUUGAGAAAGAAUCAUACAGCAUUAUCUGAAGUACCAUAUACUUGGAACACAAGUAGAAGUACAGAAAAGACAGUGGACUUACUUGGUAUGCCUUAACACAAACGUGUAAAAUGGUUAGAAAAAUAAAAAUCAUUGCUAGCAUAACAGCAACCAGUGACAGAGCGUAUAUAAACAAGUCGUAUAAAAUAAAUGGCAACUGCUGCUAAUUAUAACAAUUUUUUAAAGAAAUUCAAUGGUGAAUAAAUGAUGAUAUUAGAUAAGAUAAAAAAAGGUGUAGUAAUUUAAAAAGUACAAAAUGAAGUAUAAGAAAAUAAAGAAAGGUAGUUCAUUUAUAAGUAGCCAUUACGUAUAAUUAAAGGUAUGAGUGAACAUAUGCUCAGAAUGAAGAGUAUAACUAGAUAACAUGAAUCAUAACCUUCACAUCCUAGAAGACUUUCAAAUCCUCGUUUUUAAUUAACUAAUGCUAAUAGACUUCGCUUUUCUAAAUAUUAUUAAGAUGAUAGUUUGAAAGUGUUAAAAUCAUAAAAAAGAGAUCCUAAUCAAAUUUUUAAAGAAUUACAUAUAGAAGAUAUCUAAUAUACUGAUUUAGAUAGAGCAUAGAAUCAUCCUAUUAAUAUUGCUUUAUUCAAUAUGUUAAAAGAUGAAGAAAUUAUACUAAGUAAAUUUUAUUGUUUAAUUCAGAGUAAUAAUAACUAGAAGAAGCAGAAAAAUAUACUGCUUUAGAAUUAAUUAAAUAGAGGUAAGAAAUUGAAAAAUUUGAUGAACUCACUAGACAAGAAUAUCAUAGAAAAUGUUAUGUAGAUUAUAAAUCCAAAAAUAUAAGUUCUAAAUAUAAUUACAACUAAUUACAUUUAGAUGAAUCUUUAUUAGAAAUAUUUCCUAAAAGUGAUGCUGCAAAUCCACUAUAAUUUAAAAAAUUAAGAAGAUAAAAAAUAUUAAAUAUGAUUAAGAUGUUUUUAUUUAGAUUGCAUGAAUUAAAUCUAAAUCUUGAAGAUCUUAUAUAAAAUAGAGUUUAUCCUCUUGUUGCUUAUAGUAAUGACAGAGCAAAAUUGUUUUUCGAUUUAGUCAAAUCUAAUAAGAUUGAACUAACACAUAGAGAGUUACAAGAAAAUAAAUAUUUAGUAUAUGAAUAUGAUUCAUCAAAAUUAACUCCUCUUCAUCAUGCAGUCAUACGUAAUCAUGUAGAAAUGGUAGAAUUACUUUUGGAAUACCAUGCAGAUGUUAAUCGUCGUGAUAUUGUACUUAUUCUACUAUAAUCUAGCUUGGAAGAACUCCUCUCUUCUUUGGAAUCCGUUCUGGCCAUAAUGAUUGUGUAUAAUAACUACUUUAUCAUUAAGCAAUUCCUUGGUCUAAUAAAAAGAAUUAAUAUGACCUUUAUUUAGAUAUGCUCAAUGAUAAAGUUAGAGAUUAAUAUCGUAAGGCAAAAAAUGUAAUGUUCUUAAUUAUUGAAGUACCAUUUAUAAAUGCAAAUGAUGUCUUAUACAAAAAGAGCUGCUUUCUGGAUGGAACGAAGAUAUUAUUUUACUUAAUGA